CUUAUUCCCCCCCCUCUCUCUCCUCUCUCUCUCUCUCUCUCUUAAAACUUUCAGCACGCACGCACACAUGUAUCUAUCUGUUGUAUCUAUAAUUCUACACAUACAUACACAUAUUAUAUGAACCUCGCCAAAAAAAUUUGCUAAGAUUUCACGUUAAGUAUUAUCGAAAGUCCUUAUUUUAUUUUAGGAUUAUUGAUUUUCCCUUUUUAUUAUUAGUAUAUAUCUUCGUCGCCAUCGACUCGAGAGCAGUUAGAACUUCGUCUCGCGCAGCAGAGAUCCCUAUUUUCAGAAAACCUCCGCGCCUGAUUUCUCGAUCCUCUCGAUUGAGGAGAUUUUUCCUGCUCAAUUCUCUGUCUCGUGUUUUGAUCCUCAUUCCAGUCCCUGCUUUUCGUUCGUUGCAGAAAAUCCCCUCGCUCUAUCGGUUUGGUGCUAAGCUUCUCUGCUUUCAGUCUGUCUCAGAAAUUAGGGCAAAAUUAGGGGGUUUUCUGGGUAAUUGUGAGGUCUUUAUCGGGGAAUUCGGAUUGGGAUUCCAUUCGGUGGUGGGAUGAUAAUCAAGCGCAACUUGAAAUCGGCAAUGCCGGCACUGAAGCGGUGCAGAGCCGGCGAUUCAGGCGGCGAAGACGACGAGAGCUCGGCCAACAGGAAGAAGCGAAAAGUGAACGGUUAUUACCCCCUGCAUCUGCUCGGGGAGGUCGCCGCCGGCGUAAUUCCGUUCAGCGGCCACGGACUGCAGCGGAAAUUGGGCGGGAAAUUAGGGUUUGGUUCGUGGUGCACGGAGGAUUCGUGCUGCCGCGACGACGUCGUGGAGCCGAAGGUGAAGGUUGUUAAGGAGGGGAGUAAUAAUAAUUCGGCAGCACCGGAGGCGUCGCGGCCGCCGCUGGUGAAGACGACGCGGGGACGGGUUCAGGUACUUCCGUCGAGGUUUAAUGAUUCAGUUCUUGAUAAUUGGAAGAAAGAGAAGACAAGUAGUAGCAGUGGUAGUAAACCUAGUCCUUUAGAUUCGUGUUUGGAGCCGGAGUUUAAGCCCGUAAAGGAGAAAUUCAGCUUCAAAAGCCCUGGAAUUCGCAGUCAAUUGGCUAAUCGUAGUAAUGGAAUCCGAGGCCAAAUCGGUGGUAGUAAUAAUGGAAUUCGUGGUCAAAUCGGCAGUAGUAGUAAUAGAGAGCGUAGUGAAGAUAAAGUUAGUUAUCAGUAUCUUAAAGUGCCACCAUGGUUGGGUGAGUAUGAGAGGUCGAAGAACUUUAAUAACUUUAGUAGGAAUUAUUCUAGUUCGCGUAGUGCACUAACUCCAUCGCUCCAUGAGCAAGUAAGGGAGACGGGAAAGUCCCGAGUUGGGGAAUUGGAGGAACCGGUAGUAGAUUUGGCCGGCAUUGGUGGAUUGGUGGAGGAGGAGGGUAAGAGGAAAAGUGGGUUGUUGUUGUAUGGGCUGGAUGAUGAGUUUGGUUGCGGUGAUAUAGUUUGGGCCAAGUCAGGGAAGGACUAUCCCGCGUGGCCAGCUAUUGUUCUUGAUUCUACAACACAAGCUCCACAACAAGUUUUGAGUUUUCGGGUUGCCGGUGCUGUUUGUGUGAUGUUCUUUGGUUACUCUGGCAAUGGAACACAAAGGGAUUAUGCUUGGGUUAAACAGGGAAUGAUAUUCCCCUUCAUUGAUAACGUGGACAGGUUUCAGGGGCAGACCGACUUGAAUGAUAGCAAGCCCAGUGAUCUUCGGUCUGCUAUAGAGGAGGCAUUUUUGGCGGAACAUGGCUUCACUGAGAUGUUAAUGGUGGAAAUUAAUGUGGCGGCUGGGAAUCUAGAUUAUUUGGAAUCCGUUCGUGGAGGGUUCCUGGAAGCUUCUGAUUCGAAUCAGGAGCAGGAGUGCAACACCCACAAACAGAAUGCCUUUAAAAGGAAAGAGGAAUGGUCUUGUGAAGGCUGUGGAUUGAGUCUUCUAUAUAAAACUUCCAAUGAAAUUAAGGCUUCAAUUCCAGGAUGUCGUCUGUGUGAUUCCUGUGCUAAGUUAAAGAAAAAUAAACAUUCAUGUGGCAUAUGCAAGAAGAUCAGAAAUCAUUUGGACACUGGCAGUUGGGUACGCUGUGGGAGUUGUAAAGUCUGGGUGCAUGCAGCAUGUGACAAAAUGUCCAGCAAUUUUUCCAAGGAUCUGGGAGCCGCUGGUUAUUACUGCCCUGAAUGCAGAGCUAAGUUCAAUUUUGAAUUAUCAGAUUCAGAAGACUGGCAACCGAAAGUCAAAAAUAACAAAAAGAAUGUGCUGCCUGACAAGGUUACAGUAGUCUGCUCGGGUGUGGAAGGCGUAUAUUUUCCUAGCCUCCAUUUAGUUAUCUGCAAGUGUGGGUAUUGUGGAACUGAGAAGCAGGCACUUAGUGAAUGGGAGCGACAUACAGGUUCGAAAUGGAAAAAUUGGAAGACUAGUGUCAGGGUGAAAGAUUCCAUGUUACCACUGGAACAAUGGAUGUUGCAGAUGGCAGAGUACCAUGCACGCACAGUUGUUUCUGUUACUUCUCUUAAACGCCCUUCUAUGAAAGUACGAAAGCAGAAGUUGCUUAAUUUUUUGCAAGAAAACUAUGAGCCUGUCUAUGCCAAGUGGACAACAGAGCGGUGUGCUGUGUGCAGAUGGGUUGAAGACUGGGACUACAAUAAAAUUGUUAUAUGCAACAGAUGCCAAAUUGCUGUCCACCAAGAAUGCUAUGGAGCAAGAAAUGUUAAAGAUUUCACUUCAUGGGUUUGCCGAGCAUGCGAGACACCUAAUAUCAAACGGGAGUGUUGCCUCUGUCCUGUAAAAGGGGGUGCUCUGAAACCUACGGAUGUUGAGUCGCUGUGGGUUCAUGUUACUUGUGCUUGGUUUCAACCUGACGUUGCUUUCUCAAGUGAUGAAAAGAUGGAGCCUGCUGUUGGAAUCUUGAGAAUUCCAUCACACUCUUUUGUGAAGAUAUGUGUUAUCUGCAAGCAAAUUCAUGGUUCCUGUACACAGUGUUCCAAGUGUUCCACUUAUUACCAUGCAAUGUGUGCAUCAAGGGCUGGGUACCGUAUGGAGUUGCAUUCCUUGGAAAAGAAUGGGAAACCAAUGACAAAAAUGGUUUCAUAUUGUGCUUAUCACAGGGCUCCAAAUCCAGAUACAGUUCUAAUCAUACAGACUCCUUUAGGAGUUAUUUCCACCAAAAACCUACUCCAAGACAAAAAGCGCACUGGUUCAAGGCUGAUUGCGUCCAACAGAUUAAAACUUGAAGAAUGUUCGACCAUGGAUGUCAAUGAGAUCGAGCUAGUUUCUGCUGCAAGAUGUCGGAUCUUCAAGAGAACGAAAAAUAAGAGGACAGGGGAACAUGCCGUUGCUCAUCAUGUGACGGGACCUUCCCAUCACUCUCUACGUGCACUACAAAGAUUGAACAUUUUUAGAGAAAUAGAGGAGCCUAAAGCCUUUUCUUCUUUUAGGGAACGGCUUCAACACUUGCAGAGAACGGAAAAUGAUCGGGUUUGCUUUGGGAGGUCGGGAAUUCAUGGAUGGGGGCUAUUUGCACGUAGGAACAUCCAAGAAGGAGAGAUGGUUCUUGAAUAUCGUGGUGAACAAGUUAGGCGUAGUGUUGCAGAUUUGAGGGAGGCACAAUAUCGUACAGAAGGCAAAGAUUGCUAUCUGUUCAAGAUCAGUGAAGAAGUUGUGGUAGAUGCCACAGAUAAGGGGAAUAUUGCACGCCUAAUCAACCAUUCAUGUAUGCCCAACUGCUAUGCUAGGAUCAUGAGUGUGGGUCAUGAUGAGAGUAGGAUCGUGCUUAUUGCCAAGACAGAUGUUUCUGCCGGUGACGAGUUAACGUACUUCUCUCUCUCUCUCUCUCUCUCUCUCUCUCUCUCUCUCUCUCUCUCUCUCUCUCUCUCAUGCGCGUGCGCGCGCGUCACUUGUUCUUGUGAUUUUACAUGUUCGCUUCAUAAUUCGUUUUCUGGGUUUUGUGCACAUGACAGGUACGAUUACUUGUUUGAUCCUGAUGAGUGCGACGAUUUUAAAGUCCCCUGCUUGUGUAAAGCUCCAAACUGCAGGAAGUACAUGAAUUAGGUUACAUACAGAGACGGUAUAUAGCCAUUGUUUCUCCGCAAGGAGCACUAAUCCAACCCCCCCUCUUCCUAGUGGGACCUCACAGUUGAGUUACUGAAUUCGUAGUAGUUUUGCUAAUUAAAGAAGUGUUAACUUAGUUGGUUAUUUUGUUUUUUGAUAGAUUUUCAAGCAUAAUAAGAGCUGUAAUUUGCCGCAGCCCGUUUGGCUCGAGGCAUCUUGUAUAAAUUGGUUGAUGGAUAAUCCUCUCUUUUUUUGUUACAAUAUCCAUCCAGAAUUCACCCCAACUUAGAAGGGUUUUCUUUGCCCUGAGCGAUAUUAGCCUUGUUUUAGCGCGUUGUAAUUUUCCAGAGAUUGUAAACUGGGUGUAACGCCCUUUCACAUGCAGUGGGUUGCAUAUGUGAGAGGAGCGUUACAACUGUUGUAUGGAAAAUUUCCUCUAGAAGAAGGGGACAAUGCAA